GCCUUAAUAAACCCUAACUCAUAUCAACCUCAUUCUUUUACCUCUAAAAACUCACACACAAGAAAACUCGAACCUCAAAACCCUAAUCGGCGCAAUCUAGGAGAGAGAAAGUGCGAAGAAUCAACCAACAUCCGAACAACAUCACUCACCAGCCAUGGGUAAGGUACACGGAUCAUUGGCACGUGCCGGAAAGGUCAGAGGUCAAACUCCGAAAGUUGCUUCUCAAGAUAAGAAGAAGAAGCCACGUGGACGCGCUCACAAGCGCAUGCAAUACAAUCGCCGUUUCGUUACUGCCGUUGUCGGAUUCGGCAAGAAGAGAGGACCAAACUCAUCCGAGAAGUAGAAGAUUAUAAACAACAAAAUGUGAACUCUCUACACCAAUUACAUUUCUAGGAUUCUAAUGUUCCUCUUCUAUUUGUUUUUUUAGUAUCGAUGGUUUCUUACAAGUAUUUUACGUUGUGUAUUCUCAUAUCACUACUACUUUUUGAUGCUCGUGACCUUUUCUAUGCUGUAGUUGGAACCCAUCGUUUUGUUUUCCUAUCAUAGUGACAAUUUUGCCUCAA